AUGGCAAGGGAUUUAUCAAGGAAUGAUUUGUCAGGAUUGAUACCGGCAUUUCUUGCUAAAUUGCCAAAGUUGACAAUCCUUUAUUUGAGUGGCAACAAGCUUAUGGGUUCAGUUCCCAAGGCUCUUAAAGAAACUUCACAUUUGCAAAUGAGUUCGGAUGAUAAUCCUAGUCUUUGUUUUAGGGAUCCAUGUAAAAAGCACAAGUUCCUUAUUCCCCUUGUAGCAUCCGUUUCGGCUUUGACGGUUAUAGUCUUGAUUUCUCUAGGAAUUUGGAUCUUCAGAAUGAAAAACUCAAAGGCCGAUAUACAAUCUAGUGAUGCUCUUUCCAGAAACAAAGAGGCAUCAGAACUAAGAAAUCGUGCUUUUUCUAACUCCCAUGUCCUUGAGAUCACUGAUAACUUGCAAAACUUGAUUGGACAAGGUGGAUUUGGAAAAGUCUAUUUAGGCACCCUAAAGAAUUGCACUCAAGUUACAGUGAAGUACUUUCUCAUUCAUCAGUUCAAGGUAGAACUUUUGAUGUUUAUUGAUCAUAGACACUUGGUUUCUCUGAUUGGAUAUUGUGAAGAAAGUGGCGUCAGAGCAUCAAUAUAUGAAUAUAUGGCUAAUGGGAAUCUCCACCAUCAUUGA